AUAGAGAGUCAUAAAGAGAGAGAAAGAGCGACAUAGCACGAGCUGGAUUUUUACUAACACACACACACACAUAUACACGUAUAUAUAUAUAUAUAUACGUACACACUGAGUGCUUGUGCACGGAUCACGGAUGCUCACUCUUGAAGCUCGAGCAGCCUUGAGAACGAAAUCCUUUCUUUAAUACCUUUUUUUUCUCUCCCUGAAUUGACUGGAGAUGGCCUUAAGCGGGACCAUUUUGCCAUCUAUUUCAACUUUCUCCGCACAGAGGGAAAAGUGCUGGGAAAACAGAUGGAAGGAUGAUUUGGACAGGUCCAUACUGUCCAGCUGCUCAGCUGAUCUGUCUCAGAGCAUGGACGCCUUUAUUAGAGGAGAUGACGAGGACCUUGACAAAUUCCUGGACCUGGAAUUUAUUCUGGCCAACACAGCAGGGUCCGAGAGCCUCUCGGCACAAGGCAUGAGUGUGGCAAACGAUUACAGGAUGCAGGAGUGCAGAAGCGUGUACACAUCAGCUCCUUCUUCUGUCUAUCCAGUGCCUGAGCUGAACACUUCUCCACCACCUUACGGUGUCAGCCUGAUGGCCGAGCUCUUGCGUCCAGAGGUGGAUACGUACUGCCCACCUCCUCCCCAUCCUCAUCCAUCUCCUUCCAACAGCAACAGCAUUGUCCAGGGAAGAUUCCUGGUCCGAUCAGCUUUCUCCACUCAGGAUGUCGCAGAUCAUAUCAAAGUGGAGCCAUGUGUGGAUGGUUACGGACCUGUAGUGGGCAUGGUGCCUAAAAUUAAGCGAGAGAGCGACAGUUCUUGCAUGAGGGCUUACGAACAGCCUCUGCUUGCUCAUUCGCCUCAGGGAUCUGGGAGCAUGACGCCGCCUUUAAGCCCAGCCGAGAUCAACGCUCUUAACACAGAUGCUCAGAGCCAGCUGUGCCACUCGGUGCCAUAUUCACAGAGCUACGCAUGCCACGGCCCCUCACACAUACAGCUCCCGUAUCAAAGUGCACCGCCUCGCUUUGACACCAUGGCAGUGCCCAGUGGAGGGCAGAGGGUUCUCCUUACACCGCCUUCAUCCCCAUUAGAGCUAGAUACCAAACCAAAGAGGGGGAGACGCACGUGGCCGAGGAAGAGAACGGCAACUCAUACCUGCACUUACGCUGGAUGUGGCAAAACUUACACAAAGAGCUCACACCUGAAGGCACACCAAAGGACACACACAGGUGAGAAGCCUUAUCACUGCAGUUGGGAGGGUUGCGGUUGGAAGUUCGCCCGUUCUGAUGAAUUGACUCGUCAUUUCCGGAAGCACACUGGCCACCGACCCUUCCAGUGUCACCUCUGCGAGCGUGCCUUCUCCAGGUCCGACCAUCUCGCACUGCACAUGAAGCGUCACAUGUAGAACCCGGAACUGAGCAUGGACUAAAGUGCAGUGCUAUCCUGGGACCAUUUAAGAUGUUUUUCUUUUAUUGCUUUAGACAGCAGAGAUUCUCAAUCCAAACCUCUUGAGAAACUCUAAUCUAUAGCCUGGACAUUGUGCUCAAUGUUAUGCAACCAUUUUUGUUUUAGGGUGUAGCUGGUACUACUUUUUUGUAUUUGUCAAAGAAAAUAUGAAAAGACACAGAACCACUUUUAAGAAUGAGUAGGCUGGACCUGCACAACUCUGACGCAACUGGAAUCAGUAGAAUCAUAAAACAUGAUGUGCCUCGCAUGUCACGAUCGUGCCUUUUUAUUAUUGUGUAGGAUAUACAUCUCAAGUGCCAUAAAAUGCUUCAGACAAUGUUUUUAUCUUUUAAAACUGCCAUACAAGCCAUGGGAAAACUGAAUGUUUUAGACAGUAUAUUUGUAUGUUAACCUUUUAAAUCAGGGUCUUUUUUAUUUUAAAUUGUAUUGCAAACUGUCCCCAUGUUCAAAAUAACAUGAAAUGGGCUAUAAUUUUGAACUGUAUUGGGACAAAGUCUUUUGACUUGUACAUAAUUUAUGUGAUGUAAAUAGUGUAUUUACUGUACAUAUUAAACUUAACUGAGAUUCUA